GGAAAUGAGGUCCGCAGGAAGAAAAACAUUGAUGUGAAAUCGUAGACGAAUGAAAUAAUAAAAGUAAGAAAAUGAAAAUCUUAACAAUUAUCUUGCAUGAUCGAGUAAUUAAUAUCAUUUCUUUAUCCUUAAUAAUGUUAGAAACCGGAAAGACGAGUGAAAAGUAGUUGGUUGGGGUUUGCCAGAAGAUAUUAUUUAUUUCGCAUAGGCCUAGAGCAUUCUCCCUCAGUUUCAAAAUACAAAAUGCCAAAUCCAAUGGCUAAGGACGAUGAUGAGCCGGAAAAUUUGUGGCAAUUUGCUCAUGACGCUUUGUUACUAAAGAUUUUUUCUAAUCUACCCUUCACGGAUGUGAUAAAUGCUAGUCGUACUUGCCGAGCUUGGAAUCGAGUGAGCAAGGACGAUUUUCUUUGGAGGGAUUUGUUUCACUCCUAUUGGAAAAUAUGUAAAUCAAUUUCGAAGCCUAAUGAUAACUGCACUUGGUAUGAAGAAUUUAAGAGACUUUAUUAUUAUUCACCAAUUAUUGAAUGUCAAACUGUUCCUGGGCAUCGAGAUCAAGUUCUACACGUAUCAUUUUCCCACAACGGCACUCUGUUUGCCACAAGCUCAAAGGAUGGAUAUGUUAAUGUGUGGGAUCCUCAAACAGUUCAAAAGAAAUUUAGUAAAAAUAUGAGGGUAUUUAAAUGGAAAUAUACUCAAUUUACACAGUUUAACCGAGACGAUACACUUCUUCUUGUUUCGGGUGUUCAUUUCGGUCAACAUACUACUUCAGGAGAGAUAGCUGUAUUUUCAGUAUCAUCAAAUAGCUUCGAGUUACAAUGUAGGGUUCAGAACAAGCCCUAUGAUAUUUUCGGUACUUGGUAUAAUGAACAUUACCUACUGAGUGGAAGUUUGCAGUGGUUUGGUAAUUUAACAUCUUGCUCUCAGCUAUGGCUUAACAAGGCUUCUCAAGCAAUCGAAAACGAGAAAGAAUCCGUGACGAAGAGUCUAUACAAGUUCUAUAAUGUUAACGCCUCUUCUAUUCGUACUAUAAUGGUAGCAGACUGUCCAGAAGAAGUACGUACAUCGGUUGAGACAAGUCGAAAGAGGAAAGAACCCUGUGACGAAAAAGCUGAUGGAACAUCAGGCAAAAACAGAAAGAAUGAGAGUGGUGCUCAAAAAAUUCAGGUGUACUAUGAGGAUGCAAUGAAUAGCUUUAAAUUGACAGGAGUUGAUGAGGAAUCGAAGAGUGGUACAAUUGAGUAUGAUAAUGACUAUCGGCAAGCAGAAUUGGCUGAAGCUUCAGAAAGUAGUAGUGAGAAAGAUAAGUACUUGAUAUUCACUACUGGAAAGAAAACAUACACGCCUCAUCAAAUUGGUAUAAAACGCAUUCCCCCAACUGUAAUUCAAGAUGGACAAUUGGGCCCUGUUCCAAAUGCUAUGGACAAAACGGAUUCAGGCAACCCCACCUUUCCCAGUUAUGAUGACAUAGAUCAUUUAAUUGAAUUGCAUGGUCAUAUAAUCGGAAUGUGUCUCUCUCCCGAUCAUCGUUACUUAUACGUCAACAGUCGACCGUGGCUGAAGGGUUACGAAAUUACAGAUCCUCUCUCACCACCUCCAAUAGCUCAAGAAAUUGACAUACAUGUUAUAGAUUUAUUUACUUUUAAGCAAGUAGGAACUAUGCAUAGAACUUACAAAGCAUACACACCGAAUGAUGAAUGUUUCUUUAUAUUUUUGGACGUUUGUAAGGAAUAUGUCUCCAGCGGAGCCGAAGAUUGCCAUGGUUAUUUAUGGGACAGGCACUAUGGAAUUUGUCUCGCUAGAUAUGCUCACGAGGAUGUUGUUAACUCUGUAGCUUUUAAUCCUAAAGAUAGCCAGUAUUUAAUAACAGCGUCGGAUGACAAGACAUUUAAAAUCUGGCGAUCUAGAAGUUGGCUUAAGCAAAAUAAAUCUAGCGCUGCACAAUAA